UUGAGGCUCUGCUAUUGGAGGGGCGAUUUACUUCCACCCGUUUUCCUGAAUCUCCUGAUCAGCGAGUCUGUGCGGUUUGACCGGGAAUAACCUCCUGAAUCAAAUGGGUCCCGCAAGCCUGCUGCAGCUGCAGAGGAAGAAGCGUGUUGGGCUGCGAUCAAUGGGUCUGUAUUCCUGUCUGUCCCGUAUGCACACCGAUUUAUUAAUCAAACCUUACCGGUUAAGCAACCUCACCGAAUGGAACACGCUGUUUUCAUUUAUUUUUUUUUUCAAAUCUGCAAAAUCCUUUAUAGAAACCCGACAGUUCGUGUGGACUAAGUUACACGCAGAGCCUUUCCUUUGGCUGCCCAGGAAAUAAUCAGUCUGUGAUGGAUCAAGUCAGAUUGAGGAUUUUUCGCUGCUGCUUUUUCAGUUUUCGUCUGGAUUAUUAAUUAUAUGCACUUUGAAAAACCGGAACAAUCCUCGAAGCUGUUGUUGGCCUUGCAUUCUACAGCUAAACAAUUAUACUUGUUGCUGAAUUGUUUACAAUACACUCAAACUAACCUUGACGCCGGUUUAUGAAUCAGGCCAGGCCACACAGAGGGGAGGUAACAGACCCAGGAGGGAGAGGGAGAAGGAGAAGGGUGGAAAUGGGCUUCCCCUCAUGAUUGCUUCUUUGUCAUGUGAACUCCAAAAAGGCAAUGGUGGCUUUUGGUUCCAAUGUGCUCUUGUCUGUGACAAGAUCCAGGGGAUCAUACCUCCUCACCCAGACACACCAUUGCCCAUAUUUCCCUUCCACGGCAGCACUCCACUACCACCAUGAACACUCAAACAGGACUUCUUCUGUAACUAAAAGGAAUCUCAACUCUCCAUACGUUACUAGCGCUCUGCCUCGCUUACGGAUCAGUUACUUAUCCUCUCGCGCGCUGCACAGGUCAUGCUGCUGGCUUCAAGAAGCGAAACCGGCUAGUGAGAGCAGUACUGUAAAGGAGAACCCAGCUCCUGCCCCAGCACCCGAGAAAGCUGUGGUGAAAAAGUCAUUGAGACAGAAAGUAGUGGACGAAGUGAAACAUUAUUAUAAUGGAUUUCGGCUGCUGGGGAUUGAUACCAAGGUCGCUGUGAGGAUGGGCUGGAGGUUACUGCAUGGGCAGCAGCUCACCAGAAGGGAGAGGAGAAGGCUGCUGAGGACCUGUGCAGAUCUUUUUCGUCUUGUCCCGUUCACUGUCUUCAUCAUCGUCCCUUUUAUGGAGUUCCUGCUGCCUGUGUUUCUCAAGCUUUUCCCAGAGAUGCUGCCUUCGACCUUUGAGACACAAUCAAAGAAGGAAGAGAAACAGAAGGUACAGCUGGCAGCCAAAGUGGAACUGGCCAAGUUUCUCCAAGAAACCAUUGCAGAGAUGGCCAGGAGGAACAAAGCCCAAACGGCUGAAACGCAAAAGUUUUCAACUUACGUACAGAAGGUUCGACACUCUGGGGAACAGCCUGCCACCAAGGACAUUGUGAGUUUCUCCAAGCUCUUUGAGGACGAGCUGACCUUGGAGCACCUAGAGCGCCCCCAGCUGGUUGUGCUGUGUAAACUGCUGGAGCUGCAGCCCAUCGGUACGAACAACCUGCUGAGAUUCCAGCUCCUCUUGAAGCUGCGCAAUAUCAAAUCCGACGACGAGGUGAUCGCUCAGGAAGGUGUGAACUCUAUGAGUGUACCAGAGCUCCAGACAGCCUGCAGGAUCCGUGGGAUGAGAUCACUGGGCGUGACGGAAGACCAGCUCCGUCAACAGCUCAAACAGUGGCUGGAGCUCCAUCUGAAGGAGAAUGUGCCUCCCUCUCUUCUGCUGCUCUCUCGUGCCAUGUAUCUGACAGAUGUCUUGCCAGCCCCUGCUGUCAUCCCGACACUGCCAAAACUGGAACUUGCUAAAACUCUGGAAGCACCAGGCAAAGACAAAACAAAGGCACCUGAAAUCCUGGUUGACCCAGCCCCACUAAUUAAGGGUAUCAAGGGAGAGGAACUGUUGGAAAAACCCAUUGAGAAGACGUCAAAAGAGCCUUUAAACCCUGAAGUUAUAACUCUUGCCAAAGCUGUGGAAGAAUCACAAAAAAGCACAAAGAAAGUCGGUGCUAAUGGAGUUUGAAGGCAGGAUGCAUGUUUGUUAACUGGCCUGUUGGAUGAAAUUAUGGAAAGACAAAAUGAAUAAAUAGUAUUUUAUAGAAAAUCUUUCCCCCCUGGGUGCUUUGUAAGUGUUUUGACUAUACAGUAAAUUUUCCAGUUUCGUAGGAAAGGAUGCUUGGAGGUUUACUGCUUGGCAGUUUUUUUUCGUGUUUGCAACCGUCCAAAUCUAGUAACUGAACUUUUUAAAACUGUUUUAUAUAAUUUGAAAAUGAAACACUCUAAAACCAUCUCAACAAUGUAUCUAUGUUGAUAACUGCUAAAAUCCUACUCUGAUGCAGCUGCACUAGUGUGUGUGUGUGUGUGUGU